AUGGUGCUGCCCAAGUUCUCUCUCUGUUUUUGGCUUCUCCUUUCUUUCCUUGUGAUUCUCUUGAUGAACCGUCCAGUUAAAUGUGACGAUGAUGAGGGAGACAAUCUUUAUCAGGGUAUCAACAAGUAUCGAGCAUCAUUAAACUUGAAAGCUCUAACAAGGAAUGACAAUGCAGAUUGCCUUGCUGAUAAAAUAGCCGACCAAUUCAAGAAACAACCCUGCACAAAUACCACAGGUGCUAACACCGUACCUGGCACUGAGCCUCAGUUUUCCAACUAUCCAGACCUCUUAUCAAAGUGUCACUUGGCUAUUUCCAACACAAGGGAUGGGAAUGUAAUGCCUGUUUGUGUUCCUGGUCUGGUUCCAAGUCUUGUCCUUACUAAUUUCACGAAAUCUCUCUACUCAGAUAGUCUCAAUGACACAAGAUAUACAGGAAUUGGCAUUGGUUCAGAAGAUAACUGGAUUGUUGUUGUCUUGACUACAAACACUCCUGCAGGAACCUUUUCUCCCUAUAGUUCUAAUGGUGCCAAUUUGAUUACCAAAUCUGGAUUGCUUUAUUGCUCAGUGCUCUACUUAGCUGGUUACUUUUUCCUGUUAUGA